CUUGGGGACCGCCGGGAGCUGGGGACAGCGGGCAAGGGGAGCUGCGUGAAGCCAGCGAGUGCUUGGGGCCAUGCAUUCCCACUGAAAAGAAUCAUCAGUGCUUGCAAGAAGUGCUGUGUGCUGGAUCCUGCGGGGAAUUUUUUCCCCUCCCUCCGCCAGUCCGCCCCCAUCCCUCUCUUCUGCCAGGCGUGCCAGCGCUGCUCUUCAUUUCUGGGAAACCAUGGACAAGAAGCAAGGUUCCAAAGGAUCCUUGGAGCCACACAAACCAGUGAAAGGCAGGAAGAAACCAGAUCUGAGGAUAACAUGUGUCCCCAUCAAACAGCCCGUUGCCAACACAACGCCCCCAAGGAACUUGGACUCCAGGACGUUCAUUACCAUCGGAGAUAAAAACUUUGAAGUGGAGGCUGAUGACCUGGUGGCCAUUUCAGAGCUGGGCCGUGGUGCCUAUGGCGUGGUGGAGAAAGUGCGGCACGCGCAGAGCGGCACCAUCAUGGCUGUGAAGAGGAUUCGAGCCACUGUGAACACUCAGGAGCAGAAGAGGUUACUGAUGGACUUGGAUAUCUCCAUGAGGACAGUUGACUGUUUCUACACAGUCACCUUCUACGGAGCCCUCUUCCGUGAGGGCGAUGUGUGGAUCUGCAUGGAACUCAUGGACACCUCCCUAGAUAAAUUUUACAAGAAAGUACUGGAGAAGAAGAAAACCAUCCCUGAAGACAUUUUGGGGAAAAUGGCUGUGUCUAUUGUACGAGCUCUGGAGCACCUGCACAGUAAACUCUCUGUAAUCCAUAGAGACGUGAAGCCUUCCAACGUGCUGAUCAACAAGGAGGGACACGUGAAAAUGUGCGACUUUGGGAUCAGUGGCUACUUGGUGGACUCGGUUGCAAAGACCAUGGAUGCUGGGUGCAAACCUUACAUGGCUCCAGAAAGAAUAAACCCAGAGCUCAACCAGAAGGGCUACAACGUGAAGUCAGAUGUCUGGAGCCUUGGGAUCACAAUGAUUGAACUGGCCAUUCUCCGCUUCCCGUAUGAGUCCUGGGGGACCCCUUUCCAGCAGCUCAAGCAGGUGGUGGAGGAGCCCUCUCCCCAGCUGCCUGCUGACCGCUUCUCCAAGGAGUUCGUGGACUUCACGGCGCAGUGCUUAAGGAAGAACCCAGCUGAGCGAAUGAACUAUUUAGAACUUAUGGAACACCCAUUCUUUACCUUGCAUGACACCAAAGAGACUGACAUGGCCUCCUUUGUGACAGAGAUCCUGGGGGAAGACUCCUAACUCCCAACAGGAGCACAGCCCCCGGCUUCCUGCAGCCCCUCCGUCCCGGCUCCCCCGCAGAAGAGCGAACGAGGACUCGAGUUGAUGGUGGUUUGCACACAUUGCACCUCCCCAGCCUCCCCAGCAUGGGGGCACCUCUGGCCCCAUCUGGCCUUGCAAUCUCUUUUUCUCUUUGCCUUGUGAAAUCCCCCAGGAUGAGCCUUUUGAAGCCAACACCUUUCCAGCUAAGCCGUGGGGACAGAAGGCUCAGGAGCUCCCUGCUGAUGCCAGCAUAUCCCUCCCGGGGACAGGACUGUGCCCGUGGUCCCUGAGCAGGCAGAGGAUGCCAGAGGGCAUCUCCCCUCCCCAGCAGCCUGUGCACAGUGCAGGGGGUUGUGUUUCUUUGCUGCCUGGGGAAGGCAGAGAGAAGCAAUGCUGCUGUGCUUGCACCACUCCUGCCUGCCCAAAGUCCCUUCCUUGGAGUCUGGUCUCGCUCGCCUUCCUUUUGUGCCUGGCUCUUUGUUCCCAGGACCUACACAGCCUUUUAAGGGGCUGUGGGACUCCCUGGGUGUGCUGCUUUUCACACCAGAGGCUGUUUUGAUGCCUGGCUCUACACCUUAAUGACCCUUUGAGGCAGCAUCAAGUCAGGCAUCCCCCUCCCUCAAUUGAUUUGCUGCUCCCUUGUGGGGGGAGAAAAAGGGCAUUUUUUCAUGAGCCCACCUUGGCACACGCUGCAGCCCACGCUGUUCCCACUCCUGCCCACGGGACUUCAUCCAGCACUCCCUUCCCUUGUGGGCACAAGGUGAUGGAGAGACAGCAGGUCCUUGGUGCUGCCUGUCUCCCUCCAGCCCUUGGCUCGGAGGAGACAUCCCUGCCCUGGGCAUCACCUUCCACAGCCCUGGCUGCCACCACCUCCCCUGGCUCCUGGAGAAGACGCUGCUCCAUCUCCCUUCCAACCUGGAGCUGAUGUAAGACCCUCGCACUGUGACACCCACUUGUUUUGGAGGCUGAACUCACACUCCUCGUGUCCCAAACUGCCUCCAACCCCUCCAGCUGCCCAGGUGUCAGUGGGAGCCAAACCCCAGUGACUCGCCCGGGGCUGCCGCCAGUUGUACAUUUGAUGUCUAUAUAUAAUGGACUUUGUAACAUGUUUCCUAGUUUUAAUCUAACUUGCUAUAGAUUAAAGCCCUUCUGUGUGGGAGGAGGGAGGAGCAGUUCCUUCUCUCCUGACAAAUCCACUGUGAAAACCUGAUGUGUUUCCCCACGCUCCCAGCCCGAAGGAGCCACGGGAGCAAGGAGGGAUUUCUGGCUUCUACUGUACAUGAUCACAGAUAAAUGCACCAGCUGUGGAUUUUGGUGGGGUUUUUUUUUAAUAAUUGAGUUUUUCAGAAGGAUUUUUUUUCUUUUCUAAUAUAUAUUUGUGUGUGUGUAUGUGUGCGCUAUAUAUAUAUUAUAUAUAUUUUUAAAUCAAUGAUGAAUGUGUGAAUAUCUGUGUGGCCAGCAGAUUUGGUGGAAUGGAUAACAUUUUUCUGGCUGCAUUUGGGCAGGUGGGGAAGGGGUCACUAGAAAACACCCUGUCCUAAGAUUUUUUCUUUUUUUCUUUUUUUUUUUUAAGAAAGACAUCUAUUUUUUAACUGAAUCUUUUAAAAACGUUAAUCCUGAAAUUCAAGCCCUGGAGGUCUGGAUUUCAGGGUGCAUUUCCAGCGUUCAGGGUCUCCCCUCCAAUGAAGGAUUAUGUCCCCUUAAAUUCAUUGCUCCCACCUCCUGCAACCCAGGGUUUGAAGUGGCACUGGGGACCCUCUGCCUGGGAACUGGGGUGCUCCACACCAUCUAUCCCUGCCAGCUGCUCCCAGGAAAGCUGCUUUGGGGCAGAUGGUUUUCAGUCCUUCAUGUCCCCAUGCUGGGGCACCAGGCAGCAGCUCUUUUCCCCCCGUCAUCCCUCUGAUCCCCUUCCCUGAGUCAACAAACCCUGAGAAAACCAGCCCAGGUGGAGCUGCACAAACCCUGUUCAGCUUUGGUUCAAUCCUGACCCCCAGCCCACCUGGAUGGAAAAUAAGGAAGUGAUUGAUGUUCAUGUCUCCCUCCUCCUCAUCCUGCUCUGCAAACCACCCGAUGCUCACCUGUACCCGCUCGGUUUGAAGGCUUUGCUGCUGAGAUGUACAAUUGUAUUUUUUUUUUCAUAGUUGGUUACUUUGGAUUACUUUUUGUUUUGAUGUUGAGCUUUUAUUUUUUUUCCCCCUUCCUUCCUUGUUUUGACCCCUCUCACCCUUCCUUUAUCUUACCCCUUUUUUUGGUGCUUUGGGAAAUGGUGGGGGUUUUUGCAUGUCUUUUUUUUUUUUUCUCCCCCUGCAUUUCUCUUCCUGGAGAAAGUCCUGAUUUCUGUAUUUUGGGAAAAGGGAGCACCUGCCCUUUCAAACAGGGGGGAGAUGCCUCUGGGGUGAGCUUGGGGCCCUGUGGAUGAAAUGAGGCAUUGCCAAAGAGGCAAACAUCACCUCUGAGUGCCAUCUGCUCUGCUUCAUUUGACAGGGAUCUAACCUGUCCUAAUCCCAUAUCCCUCUUCACCUCUGCACUUCCCUGUCCUGUGUUGUUCCCUCUGCCCUGGCAGUUCCCUGUGGGGGAAUCAGCUUGGCUUUAAGGUGGGUGAGGAUUUUUGCUUUCAUCAGAAGCCCCACUCCCCUUGUACUUCUGGGAAUGGUCUGUACCCCUCAACUCCAGUCCUUGUUUUCAAUAAAAUUCAUCCUCAAGCCUG